GCUGAGCCUGUAUGAUGAGAUAUGUACUCAUGUAUAAUAGUAACUCUGUCUCUCUCCUUUACCAGGGCACCAUCAUCACCCCGUUCCUGACGUUGGUGCUUAAUGAUCCCUUGCAGUGGGAGACGCCGGAAAAAUUCAACCCCGGGCACUUCCUGGAUGAGGAGGGCCAAUUACGCAAACGGGCGGCCUUCAUGCCAUUCUCAGCUGGAAAGCGUGUUUGUCCUGGGGAGAAUUUGGCUAGAAUGGAGCUCUUCCUUCUCUUCUCUGCUGUGCUCCAGAAAUUUACCAUCAAGCUUCCCCCAGGAGCCGAGCCUCGGGACACCAAAUGGCUGCAUGAUAAUAAACGUAUGGUGAUUGCAUCAGCCCAGCUGUGUGCCGUGCCCCGAGCAUCACCCACCAUGUAAUCUGCAACAUUCAUACCGUGUUUCUCCAAAAAUAAGCUUGGGUCUUAUGUUCAUUUUGGCAACCAAAAACACAGUAGGGCUUAUUU